AGGGAGAGAGCGAAGAACCCACUUGGAGAGCAAAAUCUAGGGUUUCAAUCCGCCAGAACCCGUAGGCUCUCGAAACCUCGCCUCGCCUCCAAUCCUCAUCCUACGAGCCCUCCUGAGGCGCCCCUGUUCCUCUCCGUGGGGUUUCAGCACGCGUCGGGAUACCGUCUGUGGUAAGAGAAGAUGGUGCUCUGGGUAUUUGGAUAUGGGUCAUUGAUCUGGAACCCUGGAUUUGACUUUGAUGAGAAAAUUAUAGGCUUCAUCAAGGACUAUAGGCGUGUGUUUGAUCUUGCUUGCAUAGAUCAUAGAGGAACACCAGAAAAUCCAGCUAGAACUUGCACAUUGGAGGCUAAGAAAGGAGCAAUCUGCUGGGGCGCUGCAUAUUGCGUUAAAGGAGGCGCAGAAAAGGAAAGAGAAGCAAUGAAGUAUUUGGAGAGAAGAGAAUGCGAGUACGACACUAAAGCAUCCGUGGACUUUUUCAAGGUGAAGUCUCUUGGUUGUCCAACUGUUACAGGAGUACUCGUUUUCGUAUCUACUCCUGACAAGGAAGCCAACAGCUACUAUCUAGGUCCAGCUCCUCUCCAGGAUAUGGCUAGGCAGAUUGCUACUGCACGUGGUCCGUGUGGCAACAACAGAGACUACCUGUUCCGACUGGAGAAGGCAUUGUUCGACAUAGGCCACGAAGAUGACAUGGUGAUCGAGUUGGCAGAUGAGGUGAGGAAGGUGCUUGUUCUGCUGCAAGAGAAGGCAGCUGCUCCGCCUGUAUCCCCGCUCCCUCUCGUGUACCUCUCGCCCCUGAAGGAGACCGCGGUCGUGGAUUCGAGAUGAAAUGGCACCUCUCUCUCUCUUCUCUCGUCAAUCACUCGCCAACUCCCCCAUCAGAGACUAAUUGCUUUAUUUUCAUUCGAAUGUAGCCUUUAGCAACUACUUGUAGGGAGAGGGGCAUGAGAUAUUUAACAUUCUUAAACAAUUCUCAUUAUGCAAAAAAUGGAUGACGGUAUAUUUAAUCUGCUUCGUUCGAUUUGGUUGAA